GGGGCGCUGGUGGAUGGCAGCCGGCGGUACAACGGCACCGUGGAUGCCUAUCGCACCAUCGCCAGGGAGGAGGGCGUCCGCGGGCUCUGGAGAGGGAUGAUGCCCAACAUCGCCCGCAACGCCAUCAUCAACUGCAGCGAGCUUGUCACCUACGACCUCAUUAAAGAGACGCUGCUGCGGGCACAGCUCAUGACAGACAACCUCCCCUGUCACUUCGUGGCUGCUUUCGGGGCCGGUUUCUGCGCCACGGUGGUGGCGUCACCGGUGGACGUGGUGAAGACACGGUACAUGAACGCGGGCCCUGGGCAGUACCGCAACGCGCUCAGCUGCCUCCUGGCCCUGCUCGUGCAGGACGGCCUCACCGGCCUCUACAAGGGGUUCACCCCCUCAUUCCUGCGGCUGGGCUCCUGGAACGUGGUGAUGUUCGUCGCCUACGAGCAGCAGCGCGCUGCUGUGCUGGCCUGGCCGGCCCGAUCCUGA